CUGUGAGCAUGUUCUCCUCGGUGCUAACAGCACUGCUGCUUCUCUAUCAGGUCUAUUUAGCGGUCGGGUCCUGCGUGACGGGAUGCUCGUGCACUGAGGACAGUGCUGGAAGGUCUUUAUUGUGCAUGGGAACUGCUUUAGGAUCAAUUCCUGAGAACCUGCCUGGAGAUUUCAUAAAAAUCAGAAUUGAGAAUUUACGUCUUACAGAAAUACCCCAAAGAGCUUUUUCCACGAUCAGUGCCUUGGAGUCACUGUGGCUGAACUUUAACACCAUCACACUGAUGAAUAUGAAGAGCCUUGAGGGUCUGUCUAACCUGACUGAGCUCAGGCUGGAAGGGAAUAAACUGAGGAGCGUGCCGUGGACGGCCUUUCAGGAAACACCGCAACUCAGAAUCCUGGAUCUGAAGCACAACCGUUUGGAUGUGCUGCCAGAGUUCGCUCUACGCCACCUGCCCUCACUGACCUAUUUAGAUUUAUCUUUCAAUCAGCUUACGGUGAUCUCCCCGGAUGUUUUCCUCAACUGGCCUCGCUAUCAGGGGCGAAAGCACAGCAGGUGGAAGGAGAGCGAAACUAACAUGGUCUUAGCGCUGCAUGAUAACCAGUGGAUGUGUGAUUGCCGGCUCAAAGGCUUCGUCAACUUUGUCAAAUCCGUCAGUCCGCCUAUCAUCCUGAUGAACUCGUACCUGUCCUGCUCCUCUCCGAAGACCAAAGCAGGAAAGUUUUUCCAUGAGGUUGAGCUGAGGAAUUGUCUAAAGCCAGAAAGUUCUACGCCCAACGCUAAUGUCACGGCAAUGCCAGGGUCCAACACCACGCUGAGGUGCUUUGUGAAGGCGAGGCCCGAUGCUGUGGUUCGAUGGAGCUACAGUCUAAAAUCCAUCAGAGGAUUCACAGUUUCUCAGUCUCAGGUGAAUGAAGAUAUGAUCAUCUCAGCAUUAAUCAUACCAUCAGUGCGCUCAUCGGAUCACGGCCUCUACAAAUGCAGUGCCAGCAACUUCAUUGGGAAUUCCUCUGUUAGCAUCCAGCUCAACGUCCUGCACUCCAACGCUUCCUUCGUGAUGUCCCCUGGCUUUCCUCUGCCUUCUGUCAACGAAAACAUCUACAUCGAUAUACGAAUCACCAAGCAGACGGUGUACGGUAUUACCAUCGAGUGGUAUGCGGCAACAGAGAAACCUUCUGAAACCUGGUUUACUGUCCAUUUCGGUCGUUAUGAUGCUCCAAAAAAAGAGGCUCUGUAUGUUGGCCCUGGCAUCAACAAGUACUCGGUGAAUGAUCUGGAACCAGCUACCAAGUACGAGGUGUGCGUGUCGCUGAAGAAUCAGUUGCCUCGUCCUGAACAGUGUAUUGUUUUCGUGACAGGGAGCAGUACGAAUGAAUUAGAGCAGCGCGAGCGACUCAUCCACAUCAUUGUGAUCGUUUGCGCCAUGGUGCUAGCAGUUCCUGCAGGAAUGUUCGCCUGUACCACCAACACCAGGAUCCGCUGCUUGGAUUGCUGUACUCAGGUCUGCAUCAGAAAUCAGGGAAAGAGAGAAGCAAAGGACUCGCAAGAAAACAACAGGCAGGGAACAUUUGACAGUCUCCAGGCGGCGAGCGACGAAGGACUUUACAGAGACUGUGGGAAAGAACAGAAGUGGAGACGGCGCUCGGAAGAUAGAGUGCAGAAGGGUAACAGCGCACAGCUCUACUGACCCACAUGCCAGAUAUCUGCGAGUCACAAACACUGGAUCGAAUUUUGACUCACAAGCAGUUAAUAAGAUACUGACUCACCAUAGGGGAACUCUCCUAAUAGGCGUGGUCUAAUAUUCAAAUAUUCAAAAGAGCACGCUUAAUUGACAGCAAGUUUUGCGCUUUUUUAUCCUGACAGACACCAACGCAACCUAGAUUAGCUAUUCUUUGCUUACUUGCUAAACUGCUGUGUAGGUGGAACUUGCAACAUCUCUGCUUUAUGAUUGGGCAGAAAGGUUGCACAUGCUUUAUUCCAAAUUAACCCCGCCUACUUUUCCACUAAUUAGCUUUAACAUGUUUCACUGUAGCUGAAGUUCUGUGGAGGAAUGUAUGACAGCAGAUAUUGUAAAAUAUAGAUCAUUACUCAGCUGUACAGCGUAGAGGAAAGCUUUAGGUCUGGAAUGUCUACUGGACAGUCCAUGCCCACAAUAGACUAACUUAAAAUGAUGAAUAGAUGUCCUGAAAUUACACAGCAAAAUGUCCUGUCUCUGAGUAUUGAUCACUAUCAGAUCACUGAUUGGUUGAUUUAUGUAAACAAAUAAAUGUUAU